CGUGACACACACCGGAGCUAGAAUCUGCCAAGGGAACAAGCUAAAAGUACUCUUGCCUUUUCCACUUACCUGUUAAGGCGAGUAAAAGCUGCUUUACCUCCCCCUGAGGAGCAAGCAGUACUGGGAAGUUGAGGGGUGAGGAGCAAGGCCACGGGGCUGGGAGGCAGGUGCCUCUCUGGGCAGAGCCAGCUGGGGUGGUGGGAUUGGGGGCAAUGCCAAAGCACCCUUCCCAGGCUGGGCCCACCCUCGGUGCCUUUCGGCCCCGUUUGCAGUCCUGGGUCCGUGCCCCUGAGCGCUGGUCUCAGAUGGAGCCUGGCCGUCCUCUCAUUGCCCUCCUGGGACUUGGAGGGGGAGAUUGGAGGCAUGACAGCAGUGGAGUGGUAUUCAGGAUAACCAAGUGUCAGUGCCUGGUAGGGUUCUGUCUACAUGGAGCCUCCAAGAAUAAAAAUAAUCCCCACCACACACUGACCAGGAGCUGGAAUGUGGCCAACCUCCCACCCACAUCCCCUCCCCAGACCCAUCUCAGGUGGAGAGUUCUGCCUUGCGCCCCGAGGGUCUCCCCUUCAGGGAUGGGCUAUUAGGAGCUAGCAGAAAGCUAAAUGGCCUUCAGGAGAGACCUUGGGCCUGUCCCUCUCUCCACAGCUCAGUGCCUGGAAUGGGCUUGGAUCUCGCCCACCUGCUUUCAGCAACCUAAAUGUCAGGCCAGGCACCUUUGGGUGACCUCACCCAGUCAGAGGCUCUGUGCCCUUCCCUGCCUACACUCACCAGUGCCCUUACCACAAAGCAGGUUUUCUUCUGGUCCUUUCUGGGCACUUUACCUCUCGCCUUUUGUCCCUUUGCUACCCUUGCACUAGGAGCCAGGCAGAGGGCAAAAACACAGAUGAAGCAGCUCCCCGAGCUUCUCACAGCCUCAGCUGCUCACCUGUGAACCAUGGGGGGCUGUGCUCACUGUGAGCAAGUGCUCCCAAGUGUCACACACAGGAAGCUUCUGCUCUGCUGCCAUGCAGGAUGGAAAGUCUCUUUCCUCUGGAAUCCAUAGAAGGGUAAAAGAGAGGGAAAAAUAAGCUCAGAGCGGUCCAGCCUAGCCCAGGGCCCUCCCUUCCCUCAGGGACACCCACCCCAUUGGGAUGGACUCUCCCAGGUGGACAGCUCAGGCUGCCACACACAUUCCAGGACCCACGCUCAUAAAUCCUCAUUGCGCACUGCCAGGCCUGGCACCUCCCGCCUGCAUAAGAGCACCUGUUCUCGAGGGCCCCGGGUCUCCCCAGCUGUCCUUUUCCACCAGGGCUGUGGCCCCCCAGGCAGCAGUGCUCAGCGAGCCCCUAUCAUCUCUAAGAAUAAACUCUGAAGCUGCAGGCUGUGCGGACCUGAAUCAUCGGGAAGCCCAUCGAGGAGGGGAGUGGCUUUCCGGGACAGGCAAGUGGACUAUAUAAGCCCCAGAGGGCUGGCGCUGCCCCGAUCUCUUCCACCGGCUUCUGCCUGCCAGAGGGGAGCCUUUGCAGCAGCUCUCGCACAACGCCCACCAUGUCCCAGGCUGGUGCUCAGGAGGCCCCCAUCAAGAAGAAGCGCCCCCCCGUGAAGGAGGAAGAUCUGAAGGGGGCCCGUGGGAACCUGGCCAAGAACCAGGAGAUCAAGUCCAAGACCUACCAGGUCAUGCGGGAGUGUGAACUAGCUGGUUCCACCGCCCCGUCGGUGUUCAGUGGCACCCGGACCGGCACCGAGACCGUCUUUGAGAAGCCCAAAGCUGGACCUGCCAAGAGUGUCUUUGGCUAAGAAGUGCACACCAUUCCUCUCGCCACUGCCAACUCCUAGAUGCAGGAGCCUUUCCCAAAAACUUUUUUUAUGCCAGAAUGCACCUUCUCACCUGCUGCCUCUGGGACUGCCGCCUGUCCCUCAGAGCCCUGGUCACUCAGCCCAGGGAGUCUGCACCGGCACCUGGGGAACAAUAAAGAGGAUGCCCAAGUGA